CAGAGCACCAGACGCACACAAUUUUCAGACUCACAAGCACAGCUGCUCACCAGGACCCCGAGAUGAGCGCAAAAUGGGCUUCGGUCGAGUACCUGGCGACGGGAGCCAACCGGCAAACAGCCGUCGCAGACUGGAGCCGGAGCGGUUUGCUGGCAUUUGGCGCCGACGUCAACGUUGCCCUGUGGCAGCCCUUCGUGAGCUCAGACGCCAAGCUAUCAGCACACUCAAAAAGUACAUGACUGACUCGGGAAAAUAAAACUCGAUAUAGGAUGAUCCUCCCAAGGGCAUACUCAAGCUUUUGAGCGGACACAAGGAGACUGUCAAGGCCGUGGCAUUUCCACCCGAGCUGGAGGGCGACCAAGACGCAUAUCUCAUCAGCGGCUCAGACGACAAGACGCUCAUACUCUGGAAGUCGCGGCGUGGCAGUCACGACUUUUGCCCCCUGCAGACAUUUUCCGAGCACGAGGGGCCCAUCAACUGCAUCACGGCCGCGAGGCUCGCGUCCGAACAGCCAAGAUGGAUAGUGGCAACCGGAGCAGCAGACGCCACUAUUCGGAUAUGGAUGCUAGAAGCCGGCGAGCUACGCCUACUGCAAAUCAUCAAGACGGCACCCAAAUUCUUUCCCCUGGCGCUAUCUCUCGCGACGUUGGACGACGAUGCCGACGUCCUCGUUCUGGCUGCGGCUGGCACGCGAGACACAAUCCAGAUCCUGACUGCGGACGCCAGGGUCGACGCCGUCCAGUUCAGCGUGCAGGCGACGCUCUCCGGACAUGAGGGGUGGAUACGGUCGCUGAACUUCACCAAAGAGAACAAAGACCCCAAGAGCGACUUGCUUCUAGCUUCUGCCAGCCAGGACAAGUACGUUCGCAUCUGGAGGUUCCAUCAAGGCCAUGAGCUGCCCGCCCUGGCCGCCUCUGGCGCUGACCCCUCGAGCGGCGCCUUUCUCCCCGGAAAGUCACCCUCAAACAAAGCAUACUGGCUCAAGUCCGCCGGCAAGGACUGCUCCAUCACCUUUGAAGCGCUCCUCCUGGGACACGAAGAUUGGAUCUACAGCGCGCGAUGGCACACCCACGCCGACGGCAAGUUGCAGCUCCUAUCAACCUCUGCCGACAAUUCACUGGCCAUUUGGGAGGCGGAUCCUUCGUCGGGCAUCUGGGUCAGCACAGUCAGGCUGGGCGAGAUUAGCAGAGAAAAGGGCGCCACGACCGCGACGGGCAGCACCGGCGGCUUUUGGACGGGGCUCUGGUCCCCUGACGGCAACUCGGUAGCCUGCCUGGGACGGACAGGCAGCUGGAGGCGAUGGCAGUACGAGCCUGCGCAGGACUCGUGGAAACCUUGCGUCGCCGUCUCGGGACACACAAAGGCCGUGACGGGCAUUUCUUGGUCAAGGGGCGGCGAUUAUCUCUUGUCGACCAGCUCAGACCAGACAACGCGGCUGCACACCAAGUGGACGGCGUCAGGGGCAAACACCUGGCACGAGAUGGCGCGGCCACAGAUCCACGGCUACGAUCUCAACUGCAUCGACGCGCUGGGCGACUCGCAAUUUGUGUCGGGCGCCGAUGAGAAGCUGAUGCGCGUCUUUGGCGAGCCCAAGGCGGUGGCCACCCUGCUCAACCGCGUCGCUGGCAUCGGAGGCUCAGAUGUGGAACACAUGCCCGACGCAGCCAACAUGCCGGUCCUCGGCUUGUCCAACAAGGCCAUCGACGCCGUGGACGAGGACCAGGAGAUCCAGCCCGUCGAUGAUCGCGAUCGUGAGGCCAUGGACCCGGCCUCGAUGGUCAAGAAGUCUUACCUCGAGAUCAACCACCCGCCAUUCGAGGAGACGCUGUCGAGGCAUACGCUGUGGCCUGAGGUAGAGAAGCUGUACGGCCACGGGUACGAGCUGUCGUGCCUGGCCACGAGCCACGAUGGCAAGCUCAUCGCCAGCGCGUGCAAGGCGAGCUCCACCAACCACGCCGUCAUCCGACUCUUCGAGACGGAGCGCUGGACCGAGAUCCGCCCCCCGCUGACGGCGCACUCGCUGACGGCAACCCGCCUGCGCUUCUCCGCCGACGACAACUACCUCCUGAGCGUCGGUCGAGACCGGCAGUGGGCCGUGUUCGUUCGGGCGCCCGAAGAGGAGGCCAUGUACAAGCUCCUGCAGGCGAACCCCAAGGGCCACAGCAGGAUGAUCCUCGAUGCCGCGUGGGCGCCGUGCGAGAACCCCGUCUUCGCGACGGCGGGCCGAGACAAGCAGGUGCGGAUAUGGGCGGCGGCGACGUCGGCGGAGCAGGACGACGCGAGGCAGUUGCAGUUCACGCAGGCGGCAGCUCUGCCGUGCGGCACGUCCGUCACGGCGGUCGACUUCCUGCCGCGCCUGGUCCACGGCAAGGCGGUGCUCGCCGUCGGUACCGAGGCCGGGCAGUUGGGCGUCUACCUCGUCGGUGAGGACGGGUCGGCGAUCGUACAGCUGUCACUGCCAGAUGAGCUCAUGCUCCCCAAGGCGGUGCUCCAGCUGGCGUGGAGGCCCGCCGCCGCCCUCGAGGGGACGGACGCGCAUACCCUCGCCGUGGCGGGAGAGGACAGCACGCUGCGCCUGCUGGCGUUUGACGAGACUUUUCUGCGGACCGCAGGCCAGUGAACGGACUCUAGACAGCGGGACGGAUGGGCCGGUCGUUGACCGUUUGGCCCUGAUACGCAGGUUCGUGGGGGCUGGCAUCUAGACGCCGAAACGAGGACGAACGAGGCAACUUGGAAGUGGUUCAACGGGCAUGCCUUUCAAGUCAUCACUGGAAGCCAAGAUAUCCCUUGAAACUAUUCUUCCCCCGCAGGUCACCUCACCGCAGCCUGCGCACGCACGACCAACCCCCUGCUGGCCCUCUCAUCUAGGACGGCUCCCUCCCGACGACACGUUCCCCUCGGCCCUGACAAACGACGCAAACAUAUAUAUAGCCCAUCUUGCCCGCCGCCGCCGCCACCACCACCACCGCAGCAUACCCAGUGCAUGAGCUACGGCGCCGAAUAUGGGGGCCCCCGCAGU